GCGCUCCUACUUAAACCCUCGACCCUGAGGGUCAAAAUACAGUGUCCGUUUUCUUUGCCCGAUGAGAGUGCUCUUGGAAAAGUUUCCCCUUAGAUUUGUAUAUUUAAGUACAUUACUUUAUUACAAUUAUUACCAUACUGAAGAAAAAUGAAAAGCAUGGGGAGAAUAAUUUUCCUCGUGGUGUGUGCUGUGCUCUUUCAACGUUCGUCUUAUGCAGGGUCUUCUUGCCCUUCGGUAGAUAGAGUGUAUCCGUGCUUCUGCACUUCGGACAAUCAGCGGACAUUGCUGAUCUGUACAGGAAUACGGAAUUCUACACACUUAGAACAGGUUACCAAGUCUUUCAAAAGCAUGAUCGUCGACCGCUUGGUAAUGCUGAACACCUUCUCAAAGAUUGAAGAUGAAGAACUAGACGACAUGAAUGAAAUUGAAGUUAUCCCUACUCCCGAUCCAGAUUCUAAAGAGUACAAACAAAUGAACAUCUUUCCAAAAAAAUGGUUGUCUGCUCUGCGAGUUCGGGAGCUGGAGAUCCAGGGAGGUAAUCUGCACAACUGCUUUUUGUGCAAUGAAGCUCUGGAAGGGCAAGCUGAGUUCCUGACUAGUUUAAUUGCCAAGAAUGCUGGAUUGAGUGGUCACGUGUGCUCCACUUGCUCCUUGGGAUCGAAUCCAUCGUCCCUGUCCACGAGGGAGUUCAAGAAAACCCCUCUGGUGGAGACCGUAGACCUCUCCUACAAUGCUAUUGAUGUGAUCGACGGCGCCGCAUUCCCUUCUACCAUGAAGGAGUUGAAGACGAUCAUUUUGUCCAACAACCAGCUGACUCGCAUCAAUGACAAUGCCUUCUCCAACCUCCAUCAACUAACCGCACUGGACCUGUCGAGAAACCAACUGACCUCCUUCAGCAGGAAGAUCUUCAGAUCAGAUGACAGAUCUCUGAGAUCUCUGGAUUUAAGUUACAACGCUAUUCUGUCUCUUCCGAGCGAUAUGUUCGAUAGGAUUCAAGUCUUGCGUGAAGUGAAAUUGAGUUACAAUCUGAUAACUACGCUCCCUAACACUACUUGGACCAAAAUGCCAGUGCUAACAGAAAGAAUUGAUCUUAGAGGUAAUUUCUUGGUAUGUAAUUGCUCAAUGAAGUGGCUCAGAACAAAUAUCAACAAAUCAACCAAAAUACUGGCUCAGUGCCUUUUGCCUAAAGCAGUAGAAUUCCAGGACUUGAAACCGAAUCUAGCUUCUCUGCAGUCUUGCUGAUUGAUGUGUGAAUGAUGAGGAAGUGAAUCUCUCAAUUCAGAACAUAAGGGAUUUCAUUUUCUCUCAAAACUCAAUCCUUUUUUUUUUCUUUUUUCUUUUUUUUUUUUUUUUUUUUAUCAGGGUUUGAAACUGACGCUUUUUUCACGCCUUGUUGAUUGAUGUAGGAAUGAUGAGAAAGUGAAUCUCUCAAUUCAGUACGUGAGGGAUUUCAUUUCCUCUCAAAACUCAAUCCUUUUUACUAUCAGGAUUUGAAGUACUUAACUUUUCUAUUAUAAAAAAUGGAAAAAUAAUAAAGUUUUGUUAUUCUACGUUGA